ACAGAAAAUGCGUUUACUUUGUACUGGAAAUAUGAAAAAUUUGUAACGCGAUAAAAAUCCGGCAUCGAGACGUUAUAGAUGAUUGGAAGCUAGCAAGUGAUAAUCAGAAUCGUCGGUGACUGUUGUAUGUUAUUAUAAAUUAUUGCUCCAAGUCAUUGUUCAGGACGGAGGACGAAACCUGGCAUCCAAACCAGCCCCUUUUCAGGCUUUGCUGCAUGAAUUAUUAUGGUCUUCCGUAUUUGUCGAUCCCUUGCCUGUUGCAGUUCCAUGGCUGAAAUGAUUAGAAGCUUUCUUGAGUGAAUGCGAUGGAUAUGUGGCAUGCUGCGGAUGGUACAUGGCGCAGUCAUUGUGAAAUCUCGCAUCAAAACGUUUCACGUCACUCUGUAUGCGUAAAUGGAAUCGACAUUUCCCGAUCCGUUUUCCCCCCAGAAGCGGUUGCGGAAUCUGCGAGGGAUUAGCCGUUCGCCAUUUGGACGUGCAGCCGUUCGCGUGUCCGGACCGUGCCUUCGGAGUUGCCUUCACUCUACACAUUCCUUCAGAGUGUCUCCUCCUGUGUUUAUUAGCGAGCCCAUCUACAAUUCCGCGAAUCCCACAUGGGAAGAGAUGGACACCACAAUGUUCGCUGAUGCUCGUAGCACGGAGUGUGUUGUGCAGCUGUUUCUGCUGCACAAUGGGGAUUACUCGCCCUAUAAGAAAUUAUGCUAUUGGCAGUUAGAUUUCCGGUUACUGGUGCGCAUAGGAGAUGCAGUGGACUCCAUGGAUUACGAUUUCAAUCCAAAUACUGUGAUAUUUGCCUUAAAGUGUGGUGUUUAUGUGCUUCCAGAUUCGAUUCCAAAAAAUUUCCGCGAAAUUCCUCCGGCGCCUUCACGGACAGUUCGUCGAGCAUGCCCAGUCGGUACAUUGCGACAGCUCCUGAAACUUGAGAACGAUUAUUCUGCUAUCCAAAUACGCAAAAGAGACAGCUACGCUCUAGUUCAAGAGAGCACGAACGAUUCAGCGCAAAGCCAGAUGCUUAACCGGCAGAUCGAGCUUUUCACCCAGCGAGUGGUUCAUUUGAAAUCCCUCCUACGUGAGCGUCGACAGGAAAAUUGUAACUUGUCCUUGUCAGUGAGCGAUCUAACAUCCCUAAACGAACGCGUAUCCGAUACCCUGGAAACCAGUGUUCUUGAUCUCAUUUUGCAUAAGCGUAAUUUGACGACGGCUCGUGAGGAACUUCUGCGAAGCAAGACAGAAUGUAGUGUUUUACGCGCUGGCCUUCGCAGUCGAAGGUGUGAAUUAGUGUCAGAUUUGAAAUUAAUUUACCCGAUCCACCGCAGUCCUAGUGGUCGUGUGUUCGUAUCGGGCAUUUGGCUGCCUUCGGUGGACGACUAUGUAAACUGUGAUGAUACAACGCUUUCCGCUAGCCUGGGAUAUGCGGCGCAUCUGCUGGUUUUGCUCUCCAGGAUCCUGAACGUUCCGCUGCGAUAUCCUUUGAAAUUCUAUUGCUCGACUUCUUCCGUAACGAACCCAGCUAGUGCCAGGAUAUACGAUCGAGAUCGCGAGUAUCCUUUGCACCUAAAGGUCAGGGAUCGCAAUCGUUUCUAUGAAGGAGUGUAUUUGCUCAACUGUGAUGUCAUCCAGCUACGCUUAAAUUUUGGCCUUGGGACGCGGGAAGUGAAGAACACAAUUGAAAAUAUUCAGUCUUUGAUGGUGGAGCGAUUCGAAGUGCAGCCACCGCGCACACCUUCCAUACGAAUUCCUCCAUCGCCGCUGCCGCAGGAUAACAGCGCCCACUCCAGCCCCUUCACCCCCAUGGUGGUCAGCAAUGGUUUGGCUAGUAAUGGCCACGGCGAACAGGACGAAAGCGUUCCUCCGGUCACACCAGCCAUUAUUUUCCCGGUGCAAUCCGCUCCCGAUCUGGGCCGGUUAAAAGUACCGAGCAAACCCGAAAAUCCCUUUUUUAUCCAAAAUAGACAGUCCCGCGAUGCAUCAGAUCCGUGAAUAUUUUCUUUAUGACGCUUGAGAUCGAUCUUCCGCUGAAAAGCGUCACCGCAUCUGUCGCAAGG